UCGUAAAAUUAAAACAAUUGUGAUUGUGAUUUGUGAAGUGAGUGUGGGUAUCUCCGGACGCAGGGUGUAAUCUCUCUUUCUUCUUCUUCUACGUAUAUUAUCAAUCAAUGGCGGCUGCGGGAUCUCAAUUACUAGUCUUACUGUCAUUAAUUCCAUGCCUUUUAUCAUUCGCAAUCGCAUCUCCAAAUGGAGGAGCAUAUGAUAUUAAUGGUCGAGUUAAAUUUCCUGGUUUCAGUGCAAAGGGCUUUGGUCUACCGAUAAAGUCUACCAACACCAAAGUCAUAUUGAAUGGCGGUCAGCAAGUUACCUUUCUAAAGCCUGAUGGUUACUUCUCAUUCCACAAUGUGCCUGCUGGAACCCACCUUAUUGAAGUUGAUGCCAUUGGUUAUUUGUUUUCACCGGUACGUGUAGAUGUGAGUGCCAGGAACCCUGGUAAGGUGCAGGCUGCACUGACAGAGACCCGAAGAGGUUUGAAUGAGCUUGUUUUGGAGCCUUUGAGAGAAGAACAAUAUUAUGAGAUCAGAGAACCUUUUAACAUAAUGUCUCUUGUGAAAAGUCCAAUGGGUCUCAUGAUUGGAUUUAUGGUGGUGGUGGUGUUCUUGAUGCCCAAAUUAGUUGAGAACAUGGAUCCAGAAGAAAUUAGGAAAGCGCAAGAAGAAAUGAGGAACCAGGGGGUUCCAUCUAUAGCAAACUUGAUGCCUGGAGCUGGAAGGAGCAAUUAGAUAUCAACAUAUCCAUCUGCUUGUUGCUAUUCGUUCAAAUUUGACGGUCCUGAGUUUUAUUUCUGAUCAUGUAUAUGUAUCGGGAUUACAAGACUAGAAUGGGGCCAACACACAACAGUUAUGUUUUAUGUAGGAUUUGCUUAGGUUGAUCAUGGCGUUUUUGUACACUUCACUUCAUGCACUUUAGUUUUAUUGAAGUUUAUAUGUUUGAUCUUAAUGCAGAACAUUAAUGUGUUUUCUUAAUAUAAUUGUAAUCAUGGUAAA